UUACUACAUGCAGAGACAUAAAAAACCUGUCUCUGCUACACGGUAUUUUUAGAUUUCACCCGACUUUGACUACAUACGUACCCCUAUUCCCCAAACCACCAUCGACCAGGAUAUACCAAUUAUCAAAUCUCGAUCGCGUUUGUUUCUUUUUGACUACCUUACCCUGCUUAAUGAGCCGACAGCCUACCGUGACGCAGACAGAAUACAUACCUGCACAACAGUGUGUAUUGCAAUUGGACGUUAAUGUCGCCGAGCCGAUACACGUCGCUCCUCCACAAGAUGGCGCCGGGUUGUUACAGGACCUUGUUUUCGAUUUUGUCCCACCACCACAAGCCACGCUACAUGCCUGCCACGCACCCCAAUCUCCCCAGUCACCAUCGACUAAAAUGAAAUGGACUCCUGUGUUUACUUGUGGACUAUUUUACUGGGUUCUCACUGCUUUCUGUCAUUUAUUAAUAACAUGUAUAGUGCCAGCACACAAUGUGGCAGAUAUAUCGUCCUCGAGGUGCUUAAAGUCAAUAAGCUUGCAUACAAUAAUUUUAAAAAAAAACAUUGUAAAAUUCAUUUAUGAACAAACAUAUACCUCGACAGCAAUGUGUGUUACAAGUGGACGUUGAUGUAGAAACCCCGGAACAAGUAGCUCCGCCGCAAGAUGGCGAGGGAUUGUCACA